AUGCACAUGCAUAUAAGAAAUAUUAGACAAGUCCACUCAUUUAACUACCAAUUAAUUCUGGCCUUGGCUUUUGCUGUUGAGGAAAUCAACAAGAACCCUGAUCUUUUACCUAACAUGACUCUGGGUUUUGAUAUCUAUAAUGUGGAUUUCAGAGUUUGGUCAACACUUGACAGUCCCUUUACUUGGCUCUCCGGGCAGUACAAGAUCCCUAAUUAUACCUGCAUGAGAGAAAGUAACUCUGUAGCAGUACUCACAGGAAUAUCAGGAAGAACAUCUGCCCAGAUUGGGACACUGCUGGAACUCUAUAGGUUUCCACAGCUUACCUGUGGACCUUUAGAUACUGUCCUGAGUGACAAAAGCAAGUUUCCUUCUCUGUAUCAGAUGGCCCCACAGGACAAAUCACUAGCCAUUGCCAUGGUCUCCUUGAUGGUUCAUUUCAACUGGAACUGGGUGGGGUUGGUGAUCUCACUAGAUGAAAGUGGUUUGUGGAUAAUUCCAGAAUUGAGGGAAGAGAUGGCCAAGAACAGAGUCUGUGUAGCCUUUGAGCAUGUGAUUCCAAGCACUAUCCUCACACAGAUAUUUAGCAGCCUGAUAAUCCAUCGUGAGAUUAAUAACUCAUCAGCAAAUAUAUUUAUCAUUUAUGGUGAUAAUGAAUACCUUCUAAACUUAAGGCUGUAUUUUGGGCAGUUUUUAAUGUCAAGCAAAGUUUGGCUUAUGACUUCACAGAGUGAUUUAUCCAUGAGUAGAAGGUAUUUCAUGUUAGGCUCAUUCCAUGUUCCUCUCAUGUUUUCACAUCACCAUCCAGACAUUUCUGGGUUUAAGAAUUAUGUCAGGGAAAUUAAUCCUUCCAAAUAUCCAGAAGACUUUUACCUUGCUCGGCUGUGGUUUCUCUCUUUUAAUUGUUCAUAUUCUGAAUCUGACUGUAUAACAUGGGAGAACUGUCCCCAGGAUGCCUCCUUGGAAUGGUUGCCUGGACACAUUUUUGAAAUGGCCAUGUCUGAAGAGAGUUAUAAUAUAUACAAUGCUGUGUAUGCUGUGGCCCAUGCUCUUCACAAGAUGCUUCUUCACCAAACAGAAGGAAAUGGGAAAGAGAUGGUUCCUUCCCCUGCACAGCUGCACCCUUUUCUGAAGAAGACCCAAUUUCAUAAUCCUGCUGGAGACCUAGUGAUUUUGGGUGAGAAAGAGAAAUUAGAAGCAGAGUAUGACAUUGUGAACAUCUGGAAUUUUCCAGAAGGUCUUGAAAUUAAGGUGAAAGUCGGACUAUUUUCUCCAUAUGUUCCACAUGGUCAUCAACUGUCAAUAUCUGAAGAUAUGAUAGAGUGGACCAUAGGAACUACUGAGACUCCUCACUCAGUUUGCAGUGAGAGUUGUGGUCCUGGAUUCAGGAAAUCCCCUCAGGAGGAAAAGGCUGCCUGUUGCUUUGAUUGCAUCCCUUGCCUACAGGAUCAGAUUUCUAAUGGGACAGAUAUGGAGCAGUGUGUGAAAUGUCCAGAUCAUCUCUAUGCCAGUUCAGAGAGAAACCAGUGCCUCUUGAGGGCUGAAAGGUUCCUGGCCCAUGGAGAACCCUUGGGCAUGGCCCUUGCCUGCAUGGCUCUCUGCUUCUCCACACUCACUGCUGCUGUACUUGGGGUUUUUGUGAAGUACCAAGACACUCCCAUUGUCAAGGCCAAUAACCGGGCUCUCAGCUACAUUCUGCUCACCUCCCUCAUCUUCUGUUUCCUCUGUUCCUUGCUUUUUAUUGGUCGUCCUAACACCAUCACCUGCAUCCUACAGCAGGUUACUUUUGGAGUUGUGUUCACUGUGGCUGUUUCUACUGUCUUGGCCAAAACAGUGACUGUGGUUCUGGCCUUCAAGGCCACUUCUCCAGGGAGAAGGAUGAGGUGGCUGCUGGUAUCAGGGGCUCCUAACUUCAUCAUCCCCAUCUGCAUCCUCAUUCAAAUGACUCUCUGUGGAGUCUGGCUGGGAACCUCUCCUCCCUUUGUGGACACAGAUGCAGACUCUGAACAUGGUCACAUCAUCAUCCUGUGCAACACAGGCUCCCUCACUGCCUUCUACUGUGUCCUGGGAUACCUGGGCGCCCUGGCCCUGGCCAGCUUCACUGUAGCUUUUCUGGCCCGGAACCUGCCUGACACCUUCAAUGAAGCCAAGUUCCUGACCUUCAGCAUGUUGGUGUUCUGCAGUGUCUGGAUCACCUUCCUGCUUGUCUACCACAGCACCAAGGGGAAGCUCAUGGUGGCUGUGGAGAUCUUCUCCAUCUUGGCCUCCAGUGCAGGCCUCCUGGGCUGCAUUUUUGCCCCCAAGUGCUACAUUAUCUUGUUAAAAUCAGAUAGAAAUUCUCUGCAUGGCUUCAGGGAUAAACAAAUAGAUGGAAAAAUAAGAUUCAAGAUUACCCUGUGUGUUUGA